AUGGCGCGGAGCCGCAAGUCGCGGAAGGGGAAGAAGGAGUGGCGGCGGAACAUCAGCACGGCGGACCACGACAAGUUCCUCGAGGAGAAGGGCCGCGACGAGCGCAGCGGCGGCGCGCUUGACGCCGUUCCCAGCGAAAACAUCUUCUUCGUCGAUAAGUCCAAAGUUGCGCCCAAGCUGCGCAAGGUGGACAAGUGGCGCGCGCGCGAGUCACACGCUGACGCCAUCCUCAAGCGCAGCUCGCUCGUUCCGCCGCUCGUUCCCGAACCCUCCCCGGCGCGCGCCAAAAGCAGCGCUAAACCCUCCGAAAAACUCGCUAAUAAACCCUCGGAUAAACCCGCAAAUGCAUCUGCGGAUAAGCCCGCGGAUAGCGCUGGGGUUGCGCUGGCGCCCGCAGAAAGAGGGGGAGGGGGAGGGGGAGGGGCAGAGGAGAGUGGGGACAGCGGCGGAGGGGAAAUCGUUGCAGCAGCAAGUGGGGAAGGGGCUAUGGCUAUCGUUCACAGUGCCAGCACGAGUUCUGGCGGGAAAGAAAUUGUUGCGGCGGAUUCAGGGGUUGCAGGAGGAAAGAGGCGCGCCAAGAAGGCAAGGAAGAACUCUCAGAAGCCACUUUUCGAUCUGUGGGCGGAUGAAGAUCUAGCUGGCAACCGCCGUGGUGUUCGCGCUACGGACAAGGCAACACCAGGGGGAGGAGGGGAGGUGGAAGAGCGAGUGAGGAGGAGAGGCGAUGGGAAGAUGAUAGGCGGCAAGGAGGAGAGGAACAAGCCAGGGUCUUCGAUUCCUGCAGUUGAGAUUGACGCUCCUGGGUGCUCCUUCAACCCCUCUAUCGAAGAGCAUCAGGAUGCCAUCGCAGUGGCAGUGGCGGAGGAAUUAAAGGAGAGCUACCAGGCAGCACUGGCGCCCACACCGCCGCAGCUGAUGGUGUCGCGGGCAGAGGAGGAGGAAGCACGGAUGCAGGAGGCAGCGGAUUUCUUUCUGACUCAAGGAGAGGAAGAUGAAGAGGAGGAGGAGGAGGAAGAGGAGGAUGAGGAUGGCAACACUGCUGCUGUCACCAAGCACAGAGUGCCAAAGCGUCUCACCAGGGCGGAUCUGAACCGGCGCAUGCGGCACAAAUUGGUGGAAGCAGAACUGGCAAAGCGGAGGAAACUGAAGGCGAUGCGGAAGGAUCUAGACCGGUUGAAGGAUUUGCAGAGGGAUCUGGAGGAGGAGAGGGAGGAGGCGGAGAAGAGGAGGGUGAGGAGGGAGAUUGCACGGGUGGAACUGAGGAUGAAGCGAGCACCCAGGCUGGGGAGACAUAAGUUCAAGCCAGAACCAAUGAGUGUGCUCACAUCAGAUCAAGUCACCGGGUCGCUCAGGCAACUUAAGGGCUCCUUCACUCUCGUUCGUGACCGCUUCAAGAGCUUUCAAAAGCGAGGGCUGAUCGAGACUCACGGACCCACCAU